CAUUCUUCAAAGUGCAGGUGAGCCAGCCAUGAGAGGGUACCUUUUAGCCAUAUUCCUGAGUGCUGUCUUCCUCUAUUAUGUGCUGCAUUGUAUUUUAUGGGGAGCAAAUAACUAUUGGGUGCCACCUGUGGAAAUGAAAAGGAGACAUCAGACCCAGUCUUGUUUGUCAAAGCCAGCUUUUGCCUCUCUCCUGAGAUUCCAUCAAUUUCACCCUUUUAUGUGUGCAUAUGACUUUAAAAAGAUUGCUUCCUUGUAUGGUAGUGAUAAGUUUGAUUUGCCCUAUGGGACAAGAACAUCAGCGGAAUAUUUUCGAAUUGCACUUUCAAAACUCCAGAGUUGUGAUCUCUUUGAUGAAUCUGACAAUGUACCAUGUAAAAAGUGUAUUGUCAUUGGUAAUGGAGGAAUUUUGAAGAAUAAGUCUUUAGGAGAAAAAAUUGACUCCUAUGAUGUAAUAAUAAGAAUGAAUGACGGUCCUAUUUUAGGACAUGAAGAAGACGUUGGGAAAAGGACAACCUUCCGACUUUUUUAUCCAGAAUCUGUUUUUUCAGAUCCCAAUCAUUAUGAUCCUAAUACUACAGUAAUUCUUAUUGCUUUUAAGCCAUCUGAUUUAAGGUGGCUAUGGAGCUUGUUGACAGGUGACAAAAUAAACAUUAAGGGUUUUUGGAAGAAACCAGCCUUAAACCUCAUCUAUAAGCCCUAUCAAAUCAGAAUUUUAGAUCCUUUCAUUAUCAGAAUGGCAGCUUAUAAAAUGCUUCAUUUACCAAAAGUGUUUCCCAAAGAUCAGAAACCCAAACACCCAACAACAGGAAUCAUUGCCAUCACACUGGCUUUUCACAUAUGUCAUGAAGUUCACCUUGCUGGUUUUAGAUACAACCUUUCUGAUCCUCGAAGUCCUUUGCACUACUAUGGGAAUGAUAGCAUGUCUCUGAUGAAUAAGAGUGCCUAUCAUAAUGUGACUGCAGAGCAACUCUUUUUGAAGAACAUUAUACAAAAAAACUUUGUAAUUAACUUGACUCAAGAUUGACCCUAAAGACUCAGAAGAUGACUGUGCACAGUGUUUUAUUUUUAUACUGCAAUUUUUUAUUUUUACACAUACUGGAUGAACUUUACCAAAAAUUCAUCAACAUUAUGUGUGUUAUCUAUUGGUAUCUGGUGAUUUGAUCCACCAGCUUAAUUUCUGUGAAUAUAUUUAACUUAUAAUAAACCAAGACAUAUUUAGUUAGGAUGGACAUCAGGGAGAUUGUACUAGAGUUUUGACGAAUUUUUUUUUAAAAUAAGCUACUUUUCUGAGUGUUUUAAAUGUCUUUUUAUAGUUUAUUUCAUGUUCGACUUUGUGAAGCAUGUGACUUCCUACUAAGAAGAUUUACGUUUACCACAACAAACGAAAUAUAACAAGACAUUCUGAGACUAUCUGGCUACUGUAAACUGGGGGAAAUUGGCAUGCGGUUGGACCCUGGUAUGACAAACUGGAAUUACUUCAGUAUUGAAGUAUCACAGGCUGACUUUAUAUUAUUAUUAUUUUUGUAGUUUUUUUCCCUUUUUUAUUCUACCCAAGAAACCUGAUAUGAACCUGAAGUCAGUCCUAAGUAGAAGAAUGAAUGGAGUCUAAAUUUAGACUGAAUUGAGCAGUUUCUUCCCUGAAAUGAUGACCUAAAACUAUGAUUAUAAAGAAUAAUUUGGAAGGAGAUAUCUGAAGUUGAAGUAGGUAAAAAUGUAACUCUGGAUGAAUAAAUAACCAAAGAAUGCUAUUACUAAAAUCCAAGGUUGCAUU